UGACAACAUGAAGACUCUGCUGAUUCUGAUUGUAUUGAUAUAUUUGGACAAAAGAGGACACUGCAUAGAAACACAUGAUCAACUUCUGUCAAUCACCCCGAACACACAAGAACAAGUGGAUGUUUUGAAGAAUGUUUCCACCCAGUAUGAGACUGCUUUGUGGCAACCUGUUUCCUCUCAGUACAUUAAAGAGGAGACCGUCGUCCACCUUUUUGUUCCUGCAAACAGCUCAGAGACAGUGAAGAAUUUGCUGCAGAAACAUGCCAUCACACAUGAGGUGUUGCUAGCAAAUGCCAAUGAGUUAAUUGAAAUGCAGACGAGGAACGACUCCACAGACCCACGAAGCAGCUCAACUUUCUAUGAGAGAUAUCACAGUUUGGAGGAUAUCUAUUAUUGGAUAAACAGAACAACGCAGGACAACCCUGGUACAGUCAAAGCCAUUCUCCUUGGGUCAUCAUAUGAAAAGAGACCAAUUUAUGCUCUUAAGAUAUCGUUAAAUAACAGACCAAAUAAAAAAGCUAUGUGGAUUGACUGUGGGAUCCACGCCAGAGAGUGGAUCUCCCCUGCUUUCUGUUUAUGGUUUGUACAAUAUUCCUUGUCAUUUUAUAGGAUAAACCAUGACAUUACUCAAAUACUCGACAAUAUGGACGUCUAUGUCCUGCCUGUAUUCAACCCUGAUGGAUACCGUUACACAUGGACCAACAAUCGAAUGUGGAGGAAGAAUCGCUCCUACAGUAAAGACAGCUGGUGCAUCGGAGUGGACCUCAACAGAAACUUUGAUGCCAACUGGUGCACCGAGGGAGCCUCUAGUGAUCCCUGCACUGAGAUCUACUGUGGUGCCUUCCCAGAGUCAGAGCCAGAGUCACAGGCUGUCGCUAACUUCCUGCGCAGUCACAAGGAUACGAUUCAGCUCUACCUCACCAUCCACUCCUACUCUCAGAUGCUGCUCUUCCCGUAUUCCUACACUUAUGAUCAAGCAGAAAAUCACAAUGACCUGCUUGAAAUGGCCCAGGAAGCUGCCCAGCAAAUCAGACGACAUUACAGGAACACAUACAAAUAUGGUGCCGGAGCACAAACAAUAUACCUGGCUCCUGGUGGGUCUGAUGACUGGGCAUACAACCUUGGCAUUAAAUAUUCCUUCACAUUUGAGCUACAGGACCAAGGCCGGUACGGCUUCCUCUUGCCACCAUCUCACAUAUCCAAGGCAUGUAAUGAAGCCCUGCUCGCUGUGAAGAUCAUUGCUCUGAAAGUUAUAGAGAAAACACAAGCUCCAAGUCCUGAUACUCGUCAGACUUUCUCAUUUGUGUGA